CCUCUCCGAGCUCGUCCUUAAACCCUAGCCACAAACCCUAAUAAAGGAAUGACGACGAAUUCGAUCGACAAACACAACCCGAAGGAGGAGGAAGAAGAUGAAGAAGUGAGCUUCGAAGAGCUCGGCCUCGAUCCCCGAUUGAUCCGCGCUCUCUCCAAGCAAUGCAUCACCAAACCCACUCCCAUUCAGCGCGAGGGCAUCCCCUUGAUCCUAGAAGGUAAAGAUGUUGUUGCUCGAGCAAAGACGGGUUCAGGGAAAACAUUUGCCUAUCUUCUACCGAUGCUUCAGAAGCUAUUUGCUGAUACUGGUUCUAGAAAUGCUGCUCCGAAGGUGUUUAUCCUCGUCCCCACAAGAGAGCUCUGUCAACAGGUUCAUCGGGAGUCGCAUUCGCUUCUCGAGUUCUGCAGAGUUCAGCUGCAAGUUGUGCAGCUGACAAGCAGUAUGCAAGCUCCAGAAAUGACUGCGGCAUUAUCAGGGCCACCGGACGUUGUGGUGUCAACCCCAGCUUGCAUUUCGUCGUGCUUAUCGAAAGGUAUUCUUCAGGCAUCAUCCAUUACGGAGUCACUUUCGAUGCUGGUUCUUGAUGAGGCUGACCUCCUUUUGUCAUAUGGCUAUGAGGAUGACCUGAAGGUUCUCAUCCCCCAUGUUCCACGACGCUGUCAAUGCCUUCUAAUGUCUGCUACCACAAGUUCGGAUGUUGAAAAAUUGAAGAAGCUUGUGUUGCAUAAUCCAGUAAUUUUGACCCUGUCAGAAAUAAAAGACUCCAAGGAUGAAAUUAUCCCAAAAAAUGUGCAGCAGUUUUGGAUCUCAUGCAGUGCUCGUGAUAAGCUACUUUACAUCCUUACUCUCUUGAAACACGAGCUUGUUCAGAAAAAAGUGAUAAUAUUUGUCAAUUCGAUUGACAUGGGUUUUAGAUUGAAGCUAUUUCUUGAACAGUUUGGGAUAAGAUCUGCUGUCUUGAAUGCUGAAUUGCCCCAGAAUUCACGUCUUCAUAUUCUCGAGGAAUUCAAUGCAGGAUUAUUUGAUUAUCUACUAGCAACAGACGACAACCAGAUCAGAGAGAAGGAAAAAGAAGUCAAGGAAAGUCACAUCCAACCAAAACAUUCAAAAAAGCACCUGAGGCAAAAAUUGGAUGCAGAAUUCGGGGUAGUGAGAGGAAUCGACUUCAAGAACGUUUUUACAGUUAUUAAUCUUGACAUGCCGAAAGACCCUGCAGGAUAUAUACACAGGAUUGGGCGUACGGGGAGAGCGCAUAACAUAGGUGCCUCUGUCUCUCUUGUUGCUCCUUCGGAGGAAGAAGUUUUCAAAGAAAUUAAACUCUUACUGGGAGAUGAUGAAAACCAAGAUACGUCAAGAUCUAUUGUGCCUUUCCCCUUAUUGACUAAGAAUGCUGUGGAGAAUUUGCGAUAUAGAGCUGAGGACGUUGCUAAAAGUGUAACAAAAAUUGCAGUCAAAGAAUCACGUGCUCAGGAUCUAAGGAACGAAAUACUAAAUUCGGAGAAGUUGAAGUCACAUUUUCAAGAUAACCCGAAGGACUUAGAUCUAUUGAAGCAUGACAAGCUGUUGAGCAAGAAGGCACCACCUGGUCAUUUGCGUGAUGUUCCAGAAUAUCUUGUCGACCCUAAAGUACAAGAGAACACCAAGAUGGUUAAGCUUUCCAGAGCAGCAAUGGGUAUCAAGUCAAGACGAAAUACUGGGGUCAAGAAGAGAUCUCGCAAGAAUAGAGAUCCUCUCAAGACUCUCUCCAUGGAGGGAAAGAAAAAGAGAAGAACAGAUAGAGGCCCAGAAGCUGCAGGUAGCCAUAACACGAAAAAGGCGAGGAAGGCUGACAAAGUUCUAGGAUAGACGAGCUAUCCUUUUUGUUUGUAAUUGUAGAUCAUACCAGGGGAUUGAUUUAUGAGAAAUGGGGGAAAUUUUGAUAUGUUAACCCUAGAAAUUUUGUAAUUUAUGAUAGAAUGAAUGUAGUAUUUUACAUCAGUUAUCUUA